AUGGCGAGCGCCGAGCCCCGCGCGCCCCCCGCCGAGCCCCGCGCGCCCCCCGCCGAGCCCCGCGCGCGCCCGCGCCUCGUGUUCCGCACGCAGCUGGCGCACGGCAGCCCGACCGGCCGGAUCGAAGGCUUCACCAACGUCCGCGAGCUCUACGCCAAGAUCGCCGAGGCCUUCGGCAUUGCGCCCACCGAGAUCUUAUUCUGCACCCUCAACAGUCACAAGGUAGAUAUGCAGAAAUUAUUGGGGGGACAGAUAGGGCUGGAAGACUUCAUCUUUGCCCAUGUGCGCGGUGAGACCAAGGAGGUUGAAGUCACCAAAACUGAGGAUGCGCUGGGACUGACCAUCACAGACAACGGUGCUGGCUAUGCCUUCAUCAAGAGGAUCAAGGAAGGCAGUGUCAUCAAUAGGACUGAGGCCGUGUGCGUGGGUGACAGCAUCGAGGCCAUCAAUGACCACUCUAUCGUGGGGUGCCGUCACUACGAGGUGGCCAAAAUGCUCCGGGAGCUGCCCAAGUCUCAGCCCUUCACCCUGCGCCUGGUGCAGCCCAAGAGAGCCUUCGAUAUGAUUGGCCAGAGAAGCCGGAGCAAGUGUGCAACAGAAGCGAAGGUGACCAGUGGCAGGGAGACCCUGCGGCUUCGUUCUGGGGGCACCGCCACAGUGGAGGAAGCCCCCAGUGACUUUGAGGAGGAGGCAUCUCGGAAGGUCGAUGAUCUGUUGGAAAGUUACAUGGGCAUUCGGGACCCCGAGCUGGCGUCCACCAUGGUGGAGACAUCCAAGAAGACAGCGAGCGUGCAGGCGUUUGCUCACUGUUUAGACUCCGUCUUGGGCGAGUUCGCCUUCCCAGACGAAUUUGUGGUGGAGGUGUGGGCAGCCAUCGUGGAGGCCCGCGAGGCAUGUGGCUAGUGUGUCCUGGGGCUGAGCCCAGCCCCAGCCCAGAGCCCAGCCCCCUACCCCAGCCCUGUUCUAAGACCUGGUGUCGAACUGAGGCCUGGCCCCACUCUAGUCCCCAUCUGAGCUCUAGAGCCCAACCCCAUGUGGACA